AUGGGCAUCGUGGAGCCCGGCUGCGGAGACAUGCUGACCGGCGCCGAGCCGAUGCCGAGUGACGAGGGCCGGGGUCCCGGAGCGGAGCAACAGCCUCGCUUCUUCUACCCGGAGCCCGGCGCGCAGGAGCCCUCCACCGAGCGCCACCACGGAGGUGGCGGCCUGGGGACGCCCUACUCCGGGGGAGCCCUGGUGCCCGCCGCGCCCGGACGCUUCCUCGGAGCCUACGCCUACCCUCCCCGGGCCCAGGCGGCCGGCUUCCCCGGGGCCGGAGAGCCCUUCCCGCCGCCCGCGGCCGCCGAGGGCUACCCGGCCGGAGAUGGCUACGCCGCCCCGGACCCGCGCGCCGGGCUCUACCCGGGCCCCCGCGAGGACUACGCGCUGCCCGCGGGGCUGGAGGUGUCGGGGAAGCUGAGGGUGGCGCUCAGCAACCACCUGUUGUGGUCCAAGUUCAACCAGCACCAGACGGAGAUGAUCAUCACCAAGCAGGGGAGGCGAAUGUUCCCAUUCCUCUCGUUCACUGUGGCCGGGCUGGAGCCCACGAGCCAUUACAGGAUGUUUGUGGAUGUGGUCUUGGUGGACCAGCACCACUGGCGGUACCAGAGUGGCAAGUGGGUGCAGUGUGGCAAGGCAGAAGGCAGCAUGCCAGGGAACCGCUUGUACGUCCACCCAGACUCCCCCAACACCGGAGCCCACUGGAUGCGCCAGGAAGUUUCAUUUGGGAAACUAAAGCUCACCAACAACAAGGGGGCUUCCAACAAUGUGACCCAGAUGAUCGUCCUGCAGUCCCUCCACAAGUAUCAGCCCCGGCUCCACAUCGUGGAGGUGAACGAUGGAGAGACCGAGGCCGCCUGCAGCGCCUCCAACACUCACGUCUUCACUUUCCAAGAGACCCAGUUCAUUGCGGUGACUGCCUACCAGAACGCUGAGAUCACUCAGCUGAAAAUCGACAACAACCCCUUUGCCAAAGGCUUCCGGGAGAACUUUGAGUCCAUGUAUACAUCUGUUGACACCGGCGUCCCCUCCCCACCUGGACCCAACUGUCAACUCCUUGCGGGAGACCCCUACUCACCUCUUCUGUCCAGCCAGUACACUGUUCCCAGCCGCUUCUACCCUGACCUUUCCGGCCAGCCCAAGGAUGUGGUGUCACAACCUUACUGGCUGGGCACACCUCGGGAACACAGUUAUGAGGCCGAGUUCCGAGCAGUGAGCAUGAAGCCCUCGUUCCUGCCCUCUGCCUCCGGGCCCACUGUGCCCUACUACCGCGGCCAAGAAGUCCUGGCACCAGGAGCUGGCUGGCCUGUGGCCCCUCAGUACCCAACUAAGAUGAGCCCGGCUGGCUGGUUCCGUCCCAUGCGAACUCUGCCCAUGGACCCUGGCCUGGGAGCCACAGAUGGAAGGGGGCCAGAGGAACAGGGCUCCCCAUCACUGUGGACUGAGGUGCCCUCCCUCAGGCCGGAGCCCAGCGACUCGGGACUAGGCGAAGGGGAGUCAAAGAGGAGGCGGAUAUCUCCCUACCCUUCCAGCGGAGACAGCUCCUCUCCUGCCGGAGCCCCCUCGCCCUUUGAUAAGGAAACCGAAGGCCAGUUUUAUAACUAUUUUCCCAACUGAGAAGAUGCCACGGAAUCGGAAGGCGCCAACUAACUUAGACAACAGACACGGGGCCCCCGAGCUCUCGCCAUCCCUUCCCUGUGCGGUGAUUGGUUGGGGAAGGAGAGGGGCAAGAAGGAUCCUGGGGUUCGAUGGCUGUUUCCUGGCCCACUAGGAAAUAUGACAGGAGUGUCCCCUGUCCCUUCCUCUGCCCGAAUCACAGUCAUGUACCUGGUGCUGCUUUU